AUGAGUAUACUUAUUCAAUCGGGUUCCAAUUCGAGAGGUUAUGUCACUUCGAAAGAAAUGUUGAUGACCUAUAUUCAUAAUAUGGCUAAAGCAGAUAUUCGAAAAUUAUUGAGACCUGUGAAAGAUGGACUUUUGACAGAGAACACAAUGUUCCAUAUGAAUACUCAAAAUUUCUCUGUUGACCACGUGAUUGUUCCGAUUUCCAUCACCGACUUUUUGAAGGAACUUGAUCCAGAAUGGCUGCGAUGGAUACACAAAGCUCCCGGUGAUGGUGACCUGGAAGAGAGGCGUUAUGCUCCGCAUGCGAAUUUUGAUUAUCAUGGAGAUCAUGUAGAUAGUGAUGUGAUAUUGGAUUAUGUUACUGGAAUGGAUAAACAACAGAAGCGAGCACUUUUGAACUUAAUUCGGGAAGGUGUCCUGACAGAUGAGUGUUUUAUCAAUAUUUCAACACAUGUUGGACCAGAGAGAGUGCAGGUGCCUAUGGGUAGAGUUGUGGACGCCAUGCGCAUAAUACAAGAAGGCGAACAAGAUCUCCAGAAAGAAAAACCAACGUUUCUGAAAAUUUUUACGAUGAAACACUAUUCAUCAGCCUCGUUUGAGAACCAUUAUAGAGCUGGUGAUUUUGCUUUAAAAAAAUCAAAACGAAUAAGUUUUAUAGAUCUGAAAGUGCGGUCAUUGACAGCUGCGAGAUAUACAAUGCCGAUUUGGUAUACUAUCCUUUUUUCGUUGAUGACUUUAGCAACAUUUGCAUCUCAUAUAUGGUCUCAAGUCACCAAUUUCGAGGGGUUACAAGAAGCGUUGUCAAUGGCAUUGCCCACGGUUAUUUUGGUAUUGUCAAGUCUCCUUAUUGGCAUGCUGCUUUAUUUCAAUAUCUACAUGGUUGGAUUCUUAUGCUGCUGUGAGAACAAUUUCUCGAAUCAUCUGGUAACCAAAGACCUUGACUACUCCGCCCUCUAUGUACAUUUUUGUGAAUUGAACAAGUUUCAAUACCGGAUAUAUUGUGUGAAAGGGCUCCAAUUCAUACUUUUGUGGUACACAAUGCUUCUGGCUGCUUACGCCCAUGAGCAUGAUUUGAAUAUCUAUCCAGCGUUAGUUUGUGUGCUGACGAAUGGAUUUGGAUUAAUGUUGUUUGCAAGAAUGGCCGAAUUCUUCCGUAGGUGUCGAAAAACGAGAGAUAGGACUGCUAUCGCUGCUCGGUAA